GUCGCGCGGGGGCCCGCCCGACGUCAGCCAGGAGCCGGCCUCGUGUCGAGGUCAGAACUCCCGGGAGGGAGCGAGGGGGCGGGGCCAUGGGCUUCCUGACUCCGUGCCGUGACUGUGAUCGGUGAGGGCCUGUGGACUCCAGGCCGAGGGAUGGCGGAGCAGCCACUGGCCAAGAUGGUGGAGAUCGCGGUGCGGGAAUUCACUUCAGAAGCUGACUCAGUGCAAAGCCCCCAAACCCUGGAGGACGAGGACUCCAAUCCCUUGGGAAAGCGUCGGAGGGUGGAAGUGGAACCUGGGGAUAUGGAAGAGGACAAUAUUCAGACCCUCCUGUACGCUGCCAGCAAGACGCUGUGCUUGCGGCUGGACGCCAUUGAGGCCCACCUCAACUCCAUGGAGGACAAGUGCAAGUGUCUGAGAGCCAAGGUGGAUCUGCUGGCCGGACAGAACUCCGGGCGGAGCGGCCCGGGAGAGAGGACCCCCGGGGACAGACACAGGCCAGGCCUGGCAAGGUAGGGCGGGGGGCUCUGUGUGGGGAGCGUGU